AUGCACCCUAUCACCCUCAGCCUCCUGGGCAUACUCCUCCUCCCCCUCCUCACAAUCCCCGUCCACGCCAACGUGGAGAAAACCAUCUUCCUGGGCCCACCAGCAACAACGAUCCCCUCCGAAGCACCAGACCUCGACGACCUCGGUCUGGAACGACUCACGCCUCAGAAUGGAGUCGUGCGCACCCAGGUGAACGCGUCGUUUCCCUCCGCCGAGGCCCCCGACGGCACAGAGUCCUGGUUCUUCCUGGAGAACCUCACGCCGGGACAACGAUAUGAAGUGCGGAUAUGCUGGUUAGCCACGCAACCAACAUCCUUCACCCUAACAACCCACCCCCUCCCAACAACCCUCGAAGACCAAACCUUCCUCACAUCCCUAAGCAAAUUCUCUGCUUCCCGCCUCUCAUCCCCAGACACAAACUUCCAAACAAACGCCCUCAACCGCAACACCAACGCCGGCCCCUCCCCGGACCCCGCGCCAACCACCUCCUCAGUGCUCUUCCUCCGCGUCCGCGCCGCAGCAGACUACUUCUCAAAGGAUGAGGCGUUGAUGCGGGACGUCCCGCCCGUCGCGGUCGAUGUGAUUCUCGAUCCGUUUCUGUGGAAUGCUUUCCCGCGGUCGUUGGUGCCGACUGCGGCGUGGGUUGUUGUUGUUGCUGUUUUGGCGGGGGUGGUUGCGCGGUGGGUGGUUGGGGAGGUGGGGAGGGUUAUUGAGGAUGCGAGGGUGGAGAGGGAGAGAGAGAUGGAGGGCGAGGGGAAGAAGGAGAAGUAG